GUCUCAUCUGCACGUGACUGAGAUCCAUUUUUUAUGACUUUUUCACUCAUUUGCUGCUGCACUUUCGCCUAGAAUACACCCUCCCCUCCAAGCCAAAAAACCCUUUGGCUUUUACGCUGCCACCAAGUCACUCGCUGAACAAACCUUCUCGUUAUCUUUCUCAGUCUCAAGUUCCAAGACCUUUCUUGCAGAGUUCAUGGGGGCUGUUUCCAAAUGGACGUCUUUGAUUCUUAUUCUCCAAGCGUUCCUGGCACUACCAAUUUCUUCAAAGCCCGAAGAGUUGGCUCAGAUUCCACUCAAUUUCCUAAACUUUGCUAAAAGACCAGAGGUUUUUGAUUGGAUGGUGGGUAUUAGGAGGAAGAUACACGAGAACCCAGAACUUGGGUUUGAGGAGUUUGAGACCAGUAGGCUAAUCAGAGCUGAGCUUGACCGCAUGAGAAUCUCCUACAAAUACCCGUUUGCUGAAACCGGUAUUGUUGGCUAUGUCGGGACCGGUUCACCACCUUUUGUGGCCAUUCGAGCCGAUAUGGAUGCUCUUGCUAUGCAGGAGCUCGUAGAGUGGGAGCACAAGAGUAAAGUUCCUGGGAAGAUGCAUGCAUGUGGCCAUGAUGCCCAUGUUUCCAUGCUUCUUGGAGCUGCAAAGAUUCUUCAAGAGCAUCGCCGCGAGUUACAGGGAACUGUUGUACUUGUUUUCCAACCAGCCGAGGAAGGAGGUGGUGGAGCAAAGAAAAUGGUAGAUGACGGAGCAUUGGAACAUGUUGAGGCCAUUUUCGGGCUGCAUGUAUCUGCUUCUCACCCUAUUGGUGCAGUGGCUUCCAGGUCUGGCCCUCUUUUGGCAGCGAGUGGUAUGUUUGAGGCAGUGAUUAGUGGAAAGGGAGGUCAUGCAGCCCUUCCCCAUCACACGAUAGACCCAAUCUUAGCAGCUUCCAGUGCAAUUAUUAGUUUACAACAUCUUAUUUCGCGCGUAGCCGAUCCCUUGGAUUCACAGGUAGUUACUGUCGCAAAGUUCGAAGGAGGUGGCGCAUUCAAUGUUAUUCCUGAUUCUGUUUCAAUUGGUGGAACGUUCAGAGCAUUUUCAAAAGAAAGCUUUAUCCAACUUCAGUAUAGAAUUGAAGAGGUUAUCACAAAACAAGCAAGUGUACAAAGGUGCAAUGCAACUGUCACUUUCAAUGCAAAUGAUCAUCAGAAGCCCUUUGGCAUUUGCCCAGUGACUGUAAAUGACAAAGAUCUACACGAGCAUUUCCAGAAAGUUGCAGGGAAUAUGCUAAGUGCUCAUAACGUAUUAGAAAUGCAACCAGUGAUGGGAGCAGAAGACUUCUCGUUUUAUGCAGAGGUGAUUCCCGGAUACUUUUUCUACCUUGGGAUGAAGAACGAGAGUAAAGGAAAGUUUGAACUGGGACAUUCACCUUACUUUAUGGUUAAUGAAGAUGCACUUCCUUACGGAGCAGCAUUACAUGCAUCAUUGGUCACGAGUUACCUCCAGGAAAAUAAGCCCAAACCUAAUCAGCCAAAGUCUGUGAGCUUUCGUGAUGAACUCUAAAGUGAUGAAUUAAAGCAUCUCUCCAGCUCAGUCUCUCGUCUCUCAAGUUCUCUUCUCAUCCAAAACCCUAGUCGUGCCGUGCCGUGCCGAUCCGAUUGCGAAUCUAUCUCUGUCUCGAAACCGAAGGUAUACUAAUCUCUCUCUGUCUCUUUCUUUCUCUCGAUUUGUGUUUGAUUUUCGCUUGGUCUGUUGGGUUUGUGUUUGAUUUUCUAGGUUUAUUAUUUUGUGAAGCUGAUGUUUAUAUCUCUCGGUUUGGUUGGAUUUUUCUGGGUUUGUGUUUGAUUUUCGCUUGGUCUAGUUUGGGUUUGUGUUUGUGUUUGAUUUUCGCUUAGUCUAGUUUGGGUUUGUGUUUGAUUUUUCUGGGUUUGUGACUUGGCUUUUGACUUGGCAAGGAGAAGCAAGGUAACGACCAGUUGGAAAACCUGUUUGGGGAUGUUGGGAGAUGUGUUUUUUCUACUGGGAAGCACAAUGGCAUGAAACUUCAUGGUGGAGGUGUGUCAAGAAAGAUACAUAACAUUGUGGCCCAAUAAUAUAUAUAUUAUAUAUACAGGUGUUCAAUAAUGAUGUGGGUUGAUUUGUGUGGACUAAUUUGGAUAGUGUAGUAAAUUGUAAUCAUAUUCUUUGAAGCUGCUAUUAGAGGUGGGGAUUGGGCAUAUAAUGAAUCAUCCUGAUCAUGACUUGUCUUUGUUUUAAGGUAAGGCAUCAUAACUCAUAAUUAAUACCAGCUUGUAAAAGGGAAAAAAUGAAAAAGAAAAAAAAAGGAGAAUGGAACAACUCACUUUUGUAUUCAACUUUGGUGUCAUGCUUUAGAAACUCUAGAAAAAAAAAAAAAAAAAAAAAAAGCCUUAUUUCCCACCUAUCAUGUAUUUCAUAAUCAAUGGUUCCAUCAUUGGCCAUGAGCACCGACAGGUGCAUAUAUCCUCAAGUGAAAUUUUGUUGAAGGUAUUCAUGUUAUUAUUAUUUAUAAAAGGUUAAUUUCACAAAAGGAAAAGAAACUAGCUAUUUAAAAUUCCAAGUUUUCAUGGAUUAUGAACAGCUAGCACAUGCUCCUUUGGUUUACAGUAUCUGUUUUCUUAAGAAUUUAGACUGGUUUUUGUGCUUCUUCUGUCUUUGGUGCUUACCAAAUGAAGCUGGUACCUAGCUAUCAUCGCAUAAGGCCUAGCUAGACGAGCGGGAUGGCACAGCCAGAGCUGUUGUUAUGCUCAUAGCAGAAUAUUGCUCGGUGUAUUUUUUUCUAUUCUUUUUAUAUUCUAAUACUUUGUGGCAAAAACAAAUUUAUAGUCUGUUCGGUUUAAAAUCUCACUGUAUUAAUGAUUUACCAAGAGCAGAGAUAGUCAGUGCGUUCAAAAAGUUCUUGAGCGAAUUGCUUCUGGGAAUGUUUUGCAGUGAAGAAAUGCUAUUGAUAGGUUAGUAUAUCUAUCUAGUUUGCUUCCAAUGAUAGGUUAGUAUAGCUAUCUGUUUUGGGCAAUGUGAUCUUGCAUGAAACUUACUUACUGCUAUAUUUGUUGAAUUAUGUCUUUGCUGAAUCAAAAUUUUUUGGGUGGACUUCAAUGAUUGAGAUGGGCAUCAGGGACAGCAAUAAAGAUUAGUAAUUUAGUAGGAUAUAUUAUAUCUGUUGGCUUGUUGCUUGUUCUUCUUCUCCUUUCUGGUUUAAAUAUAUAUAUGCAGUUGAAAGAGUUAAUAACUGGUUCCAAUCAGAUCGAACACGUAGAUAUGUUUCUGUCACUGUUUGUGAUGAACUAUGAUAAGUUUUUUAUGUUUAUCAGUUAGGAGUUAAACUUUAUACCUUUCUCUGAGACUAUAGGCCAAACUGAUACAAAGAGAUGGUACUUUCAAACUUUCUGGUGGACCAAUGUAAAGUGCUUUUACCAUCAACAAAGUGACAAGAACAAUAUCAGUACUAAUAUUAAUUGUGAUAUUGACUCUUUUUUUAUUUUAUCUUUCCAGUCCCCUAAACUCAGUUGAUGUGCUCAAGAACUAUUUGGUGUCGAUGUAUAUCUGAAACAACUGUAGGUUGGAGAUGGCAGGUUGGAUCAGCUACCUGUUGAUGUGAAGAGCAUUGUAUUUUAAUGUAUUAUUAUUUAUUUUGUUCUUUGUAAUGGAUUGUAUUAGUUUAAUUAGUUGUAAUGUAUUAUUAUUUAUUUAUUUUUUUGUAAAUUUAUGUUUUGCA